AAGAAGUUCGAAACUCAAUAUUCAUCACCGAGUGAUUUUUUUUAAAAAACACCAUACUACCUAUAUGUACAAAAUAUACCAGAAUACCUAUUAAUUUACUAUACUAUAGUCUAUGAUAAAUGAAUAAAUGAUUCAUACGUCAUCAUAGCCGAACAAAUUGCUUGCAUUUAAAGAAAGAUUGGGUUGUGCAAAAUGUCAAAUAACCGAUAUGUAAGCAAUUCAUCGAGAGGGAUAUUCGACGACGAUGACGAUGUGGAUGACAAUGAAUUUAUGUCCCGCGUUCGACCCAAUGUCGGCUAUAGAAAUGACCUUUUAGGCAACAAUUUCGGUAAUCAAGAAUUAGAAAAUGCACAUAGACAAAAGCAGCAAGUUGUUGAAACAACAAGAGAUGUAGAACAAAGAACUUUACAGUCUACGGAAAGAACAUUGCGCUUACUCAGAGAGUCUGAAAAUAUUGGUACUGCAACAGCUGAAGAAUUGGUUAGACAAAGAGAACAGCUGCAAAAUACUGAUAAAAGACUUGAUGAAAUAAAUUCUAAUUUACGCGUCAGCCAAAAACAUAUACAAGGAAUUAAAAGUAUUUUUGGAAGUUUUAAAAAUAUGCUCAGUGGUAAAUCAAAUUUACCACCACGUAGUGCAUCAACUGAAAUUGAGCCAACAGGGUCGUCUCCAUUAACAAAUGAAGUGCGUAGAAGUACAUUGAGUGAAACCUUAACUCAAGCAAAUUCUAAUAUUAACUCUAUGGAUCAACAUCCUGGUUUAAGAAUAAGAGGCUUAGUAGAUAAUGAAUCAACUACACCAACUGAUGUACAAUCUAGUUUGGAUAACAAUCUGGAUGAAAUUCUUGGAUCAGUAACUCGAUUAAAAGGUUUAGCAUUGGGGCUUGGUGGAGAAAUUGAUUCUCAAAAUGAUUUAGUUGAAAACAUUCUUGGUAAAGCUGAUAAAGCUGACAUAAAUAUGGAACGUCAAAACAAAGAGAUAAAUCGUAUUUUGAAAAAAUAAUCAACAACAUCGAGCAACAUUCCUAUAACAUUAGAUAUAUUUGUAGCAUAAGACUCCUAUUAUAAUUACUUAUAAUACCAUACCUUAUUUAUAAAUUUAUAAUGAAUCUUAUUUCUCUCUUUAUGUUUAUAUUACCAAUUUUUCAUGUUAUCUAUAAAGUAUUAGAGUCAUUGAAGUAUCAUAAAAUUAUACGAAAUCAUAAUAUGUGUCAAUUCUAUUAAUGAAGAAAAAAUAUUUGUAUCAAUUAUAUUUACUCAUUAUUCAUUUGUAUACCAAUAAGUAAAAUAAAUAAUAUAUUUGCACAA